AUGCUGGCUGAGCUUGAACAGCAGCUGGGGAGUGAAAAACUUGAGCAGCAAGUCAACGAGUCUGGAGUUGGCGCUGUACAAUCCCCAGAGCAGGAUCCAUCGGCGACUCCACCAUGCGAUAUCGGUGAGCUGGGCUGGUGGCUCCAUGCCGGUCCAGACAAGGAGCUGUCACAGAAGGAAUGGUGUCUUGAUGACUUCGAAAUAGGCUGCCUCGGUGAAGGGAAGUUUGGACAUGUGUACAUGGCAAGAGAGAAGACCACCGGGACUAUAAUUGCCCUGAAAGUAAUGCUAAAAUCAGAAAUUGUUCGUGGCAGAGUUGAAAGACAAGUUCUCAGAGAGAUAGAGAUACAGACCCAUCUGAGGCAUCCUCACAUCCUACAGCUUUACACAUACUUCUAUGAUGAGAGGAAGAUAUAUUUAAUUUUAGAGUUCGCUGCUAAAGGAGAAUUGUACAAAGUACUUCGUGCGUGCCCAAAUGGACGUUUCUCCGAACCUGUAGCGGCAAGAUACAUGUACCAGGUUGCAAACGCUUUGCAGUACUGCCAUGAAAAUAAUGUAAUUCAUCGUGAUAUAAAGCCUGAAAAUCUGCUCCUCACUUCCGAUGAUAAAAUAAAAAUGGCCGACUUUGGUUGGUCUGUACACGCACCAAGCAAUCGGCGAAAGACGAUGUGUGGCACCCUGGACUAUCUGCCCCCGGAGAUGGUAGAAGGAAAGCCUUAUGAUCAUAAUGUAGAUAACUGGUGCAUAGGUGUCCUCUGUUAUGAAUUUCUUGUUGGGAAACCACCUUUUGAAACAGAUUCUUCAAAAAAAACAUACAGUCUGAUACGAGAAGUCAAAUAUAAAAUACCAGACCACGUAUCUGAUUUGGCUAAGGAUCUAAUAAGUAAGCUCCUGCAACGCAAUCCAAAGCAGCGUCUCCCAUUAAAGCAUGUGAUGACACAUCCUUGGAUACAGAACCAUGUUAAAGACAUUUAAUGUAAAUGUAAAUUGUAUUUGUUCCUUUUACUGUACAUAUCAGAGAGCUGUUGUAUAUCAUACAUGUAGAAUCUUGUAUAUACUCUGCAUUUUUUUUUAUUUUUAUGAAAGAUUUAUAUGUUUGUGAAUGUUUAUAGCAUUUUAAGUAACUUCUCAACACCAAUAAAAGAAUAAUUUUAA